GGCGGACGAGAACCCACAUGGCUGCCGUCGCGAAGAUCGCGCAAGAAAGAACGAGAAACCCCACGACAACGAUGCAAACGACGCGUGAUGCAAGGACGAUCCGAGUGCUAUGGUGGUGCGGACUGGUUGUGCUAUGUCUUUCGUGGAUGUCGUCUUCAGUGGAUGCGGUCGCUUCGGGUGGUCCCGAGCAAGUGCACAUUGCAAUUGGGGGAGUCAACUCUGCUGGCAUGGCGAUCAGUUGGGUCACGGAGAAAACAAGCGAGUCCCGCGUUAAGUAUGGCCUCCACAAUGCUUCAUUGGACUUGGAAGGUCGAGGCACUCAGCCUGCCGCGCAGUACAAAUUCUGUCACUACACCUCUGGGUACAUGCAUCACGUGCUCUUGCCAUCGUUGCAGCCCAACACCACCUACUUUUAUACCGUUGGCGGGAUGGAGUCAGGGUGGUCAAAAGUCCUGUCGUUCCGUACCCCACCGAAGCGAGGAGAUGUGAAUGCACAACUUACGCUUGCAAUUGUUGGCGACUUGGGGUGAGUGGCUCUUGUAUGGAGUGCGCACACGACAACGCACUGCGUAGCCAAACCAAUUACUCGGAAGAAACUUUGGGGUACAUCCAACUCAACUCGGCCGUAAGAGCCGUUCUCCUUGCAGGCGAUCUCUCAUACGCGGACACGGUGCAAACUCGAUGGGAUACAUGGGGUUCCCUCGUUGAGCCUUCCACGUCUUGCAUUCCCUGGAUGAUGGCUGCUGGCAACCACGAGAUUGAAACUUCAUGCCACUCGACUACAUUCGACGCAUACCAAGCGCGGUACCGCAUGCCUUUUGCCGAAAGCAACGCUUCUCGAGGGAAUCUCUUCUAUUCGUUCGACGUCGCGUCGGUCCAUGUUGUGGUGCUGACGCCGUAUCUUCCAACUUAUCGCGGGUCGGCCCAGUACAAGUGGGUUGGCCGCGACCUUGAGCGAGUGGACCGCAGUGUAACACCGUGGAUCGUCGUCAUGAUGCAUGGGCCUUGGUACAGCAGCAAUCGCGCGCAUCAGAGCAAGGUCGAGCCGCAGCAUGCCAUGCGAAAGGACAUGGAAGACCUCCUCUUCGACCAUCGAGUGCACCUCGUCUUGGCUGGUCAUGUCCACUCUUAUGAACGAACCCUGCCAGUCUACCGCAACGAGCUCACGGUCAACGCGCCGAUCUACAUCACGAUUGGAGAUGGCGGGAAUCGUGAAGGGCUGGCCGACAAGUUCAUCCAUCCUCGGCCAGUCUGGUCUGCAUAUCGAAGAGCCAGGUAUGGCUACGGUCUCUUCGAGGUCAAGAACCGGACGCACGCGUUGUUUGAAUGGCACGAAGACGAGCCAACCAAGUCGAACACGCGCGACUUUGUGUGGGUUCACGCACGAUCAAGUGCACGACAGAGCCAGCCACGGCCAUGAGAAACUUGCACGAAGGCUGUAGCAAGCAUCGUAGCUUGAGUUGGUGCUCCUUGAAUCGAACUCGUUAUGGGAACGAUGACCUGCAUCCGUCGCCCUCAAGUAGACUGCCACAAACCACAACGAAGUGCGAGGGCAUCGCAAGUUGCGAGGAGAGCAUGCCGUGUGGAUGGCGUACGUGAAACAGUAUGGACAUUUUACACUUGAAUAGCAGAG